AUGAAGCGGAAGUCAGAGAACGGGCUGGACGGUCGGGCCCUAUCCCCAGGGAAGAAGUUGUGCAAGGGCUCCGAGUAUGGCAGGACGCUGGGCCCCUGCACUCCCAGCCCCACCACCACCUUCGGAGACCUGCGCAACGCCAAGGUGGGGCAGGCCCGGCGCCGCUCUCCUCCGCCCGAGCUGCAGGACUGGCUCCGCACCUUCCAGCGCUGGAGUGGCCCAGAGAAGCUGCUGGCCCUGGACGAGCUCAUUGACCGCUGUGAACCAGCGCAGAUCAAGUACAUGAUGCAGGUCAUUGAGCCCCAGUUCCAGCGGGACUUCAUCUCCCUGCUGCCGAAGGAGCUGGCACUGUACGUCCUGUCCUUCCUGGAGCCACGGGACCUGCUCCGCGCAGCCCAGACGUGCCGCUACUGGAGGGUCCUGGCAGAGGACAACCUGCUCUGGAGGGAGAAGUGCCGAGAGGAAGGGAUCGAGGAGCCCCUGCACCUGCGGAAGCGACGUCUGCUCAGCCCUGGGUUCAUGUACAGCCCCUGGAAGUUUGCCUUCCUGCGCCAGCACCGCAUCGACAUGAACUGGCGCAGCGGGGACCUGCGACCCCCCAAGGUGCUGAAGGGCCACGAUGACCACGUGAUCACCUGCCUGCAGUUCUGUGGGAACCGAAUCGUCAGUGGCUCCGACGACAACACGCUCAAGGUGUGGUCAGCUGUUACUGGGGAGUGUGUGCAGACGCUGGUGGGCCACACUGGGGGGGUCUGGUCAUCCCAGAUGAGGGACAGCAUCGUCAUCAGCGGCUCCACGGACCGCACGCUGAAGGUGUGGAACGCAGACAGCGGUGAGUGCGUGCACACGCUGUACGGGCACACCUCCACCGUGCGCUGCAUGCACCUGCACGGAAACAGGGUGGUGAGUGGCUCCCGGGAUGCCACGCUGCGGCUGUGGGACAUCGAGACGGGGCAGUGCCUGCACGUGCUGAUGGGGCACGUAGCGGCCGUGCGUUGCGUCCAGUACGACGGCAACAAGGUGGUUAGUGGCGCCUAUGACUACACGGUCAAGGUGUGGGACCCCGAGAGCGAAAGCUGCACCCACACACUGCAGGGACACACCAAUCGCGUCUACUCACUGCAGUUUGAUGGGACACACAUCGUGAGUGGGUCUCUGGACACAUCAAUUCGUGUGUGGGACGUGGAGAGUGGGAACUGCCUGCACACGCUCAUGGGGCACCAGUCACUCACCAGUGGGAUGGAGCUGCGUGACAACAUCCUUGUGUCCGGCAACGCCGACUCCACCGUCAAGAUCUGGGACAUUAAGACAGGACAGUGCCUGCAGACGCUGCAGGGUCCCAGCAAGCACCAGAGCGCUGUGACCUGCCUGCAGUUCAGCUCCAAGUUUGUGGUGACCAGCUCAGACGAUGGGACGGUGAAGCUGUGGGACCUGAAGACCGGGGAGUUCGUGCGGAACCUGGUGGCCCUGGAGAGUGGGGGCUCCGGGGGGGUGGUGUGGCGCAUC